CAAAUAUGACGUGUAAUUGUCACUAAGCUGUAUUCGUCGGCACCUCACAAUUUCCUAAUAAUAUCGAAAAAGAAGCUCAAAAUGAGCUCUUUCAAGCGUGAAAAGAAGGAAGAAGAAGAUGGCGGUGGUAGCCCUUACCAGAAUUUGGACAAAACAAUAGUGUUGCAAGAAGCGCGAUACUUUAACGAGACUCCUGUGAACCCACGAAAAUGUUCUCAUAUUUUGACGAAGAUCUUAUUCCUCCUCAACCAGGGAGAGAAAUUGUCUACCCAAGAAGCUACAGAUGCAUUUUUCGCGACCACGAAGCUGUUUCAAUCGAAGGAUGUGAUGUUACGUCGGAUGGUGUACUUGUGUAUCAAAGAACUGAGUAAGCUCGCUCAAGAUGUGAUAAUUGUGACGUCUUCGUUGACGAAGGAUAUGACUGGUAAAGAAGAUUUGUACCGCGCGGCGGCUAUACGAGCUCUGUGCAGCAUUACUGACAAUACAAUGCUCCAAGCUAUAGAACGAUACAUGAAACAGGCGAUAGUUGAUAAGAACCCAGCAGUGAGGUCUGCCGCGCUGGUGUCUGCAAUACAUUUGUCAUCUAGUGUCCCUGAUUUGGUACGGCGUUGGGCGAAUGAAGCACAGGAAGCGGUGAACUCUGACAAUGCAAUGGUUUCAUAUCAUGCGUUGGGCAUUUUGGCCAGCACCCGAAGGAAUGAUAAACUGUCUACUGUCAAACUUAUUACUCCUCUUACUAAAUAUACCCUCAAAUCCCAAUAUUCCCUGUGCCUGUUGAUUCGUAUGGUGGCCCAGUUGAUUGAAGAUGAUGAGUCGGAAGCUGCACAGCCAUAUAUUAGGUUCAUACAGUCUUGUUUGGGCCACAAAUCUGAAAUGAUUCUAUAUGAGGCAGCACAUGCAAUUUUAAACCUUAAAAAGACUCCUAGGGACUUAGCGUCGGCCGCCGUCUCUGUGUUGCAAUUAUUUUGUGGUUCUUCUAAAGCUGCCCUAAGAUUGGCCGGAGUCAGGACAUUAGCACGGCUCACAGUCAAACAUCCAACGGCAGUUGCAGCUUGUGCUGUUGACUUAGAGAACCUCAUUUCUGAUCCAAACAGAUCAGUAGCCACAUUAGCUGUUACCACGCUGUUGGCGACAGGUGCGGAAAGCUCAGUCGACCGUCUGAUGAAGCAAAUAUCUAGCUUUGUGUCAGAGAUUUCUGAUGAAUUCAAAAUUGUGGUUGUCAAAGCUAUUCGACGUUUGUGCCAGAAAUUCCCGAGGAAGCAUCAAUCGCUAGCUGCGUUUUUGGCAGGCAUGCUGCGUGAUGAAGGCGGUCUUGAAUACAAAGCUGCGAUCGCAGACGCUAUUAUAGCCCUCGUGGAAGAAAACCCAGAUGCUAAAGAGACUGGAUUGGCUCAUUUAUGUGAAUUUAUCGAGGACUGUGAGCACACGGCAUUGGCUGUUCGUAUUCUACAUUUGCUCGGACGCGAAGGACCAAAAUCCCGCCAACCGUCUCGGUACAUCCGUUUUAUUUACAAUAGAGUUAUUUUAGAGUCGGGCCCAGUGCGGGCCGCAGCGGUCUCUGCCGUGGCACAGUUCGGAGCUCAAAGACCUGAACUGUUGCCAAAUAUAAGAGUUCUUCUCGCUCGUUGCGAAUUGGAUGACGAAGAUGAGGUCCGCGAUCGAGCCAUCUACUACAACGCGAUUCUAGACACGGAUGACCAACAAUUAAUCAAUGAUUACAUUAUUGAUGUUCCAAAACCCAACCCAGUGUUAUUGGAAAGAGCUUUGCGAGACCAUAUCGCCAAUCAACCGCAAGAACCGUUCGAUAUCAUGACCGUGCCGACCGAAGAACAGAAAGAGACGAAGGAGGACGUUGUGGAGAUCGAAGUGCGUAAACCUAAACAGAUGUCAAUCGAGGAAAUCUAUUCAGAACAGCUGACUAAAGUGCCUGGCAUCGAAAAACUCGGUCCGAUAUUCAAGACGAACAUCCCGGUAGAGUUGACAGAGGCGGAAACGGAAUAUCGCGUACGAUUGCUGAAGCACGUUUUCGUUCGUCACGUUGUACUGCAGUUUGAGUGCAUCAACACGCUGAGUGACCAAAUAUUGGAACAGGUCCACGUGAGAUUAGAAUGUCCGCCCGACUACGAAGUGAAGUCUAUCGUCCCGUGCCCGAAACUCGUUUACGAUAAACCUGCGAGCGUUUUCGUAGUAGUCGAAUUUCCGAGUUCUUAUUUGGACAGUUUGGGCACUUUCGGGGCUACGUUAGAGUUUGUGGUUCGGGAUUGUGAUCCCAAUACUGGAAUUCCGGAUCCCGGAGAAGGUUAUGCGGAUACGUAUCCUUUGGAAGAGUUUUAUGUGGGUUGUUCUGACCAGAUCCGCGCGAGAUCAAUGGGAGAGGAUUGGGACCAGACGUGGGAUAGAGCGGCGGGCAUCCCAGAGAUUUCCGAUACUUAUGCGCUUCCUGAACAAGAUCCGAAUGCGGCUGCAAAGUCUGUAUGUGAAUACUUGGGGUUGCCGAAAGCGACGAUAGUCGGGGACGCGGUUAAGGAGAUUAGAGGAGGGGGUGUAUUUAGAGGGGGUGCUCCGUUCUUGGUGAAGGCUCGGAUCGCGUCGAGUAACGUGGGAGUCACCAUGCUACUAGCAGCUCGGUCCCCCAGAGAGGAUGUCGCCCAACUAUUGUUAGCUGCAGUAGGAUAAUUUCUUUUUUGUAUUAAUAUAUCAUUUAUUUUAGCCGUUAGUAAUAUAAUUAAGUAUAUAAUCAUACUUUAAUAUACUACAAUUACAUAAUGAAUUUUUGUAUGAAAAAGAUAUCAAAACUUAAAAAUUAAAAUGUAUUAACAAAAGUUACUUCUACAACCUAUAGCAGAAGACGACCAAGACGGAAAAGACAGAAUUGAUGCCCUAAAUAAAUUGGGCAAGCCUGACCAAUUCUCAUUGACCAGAUCUCAUUUUAUGACAUUUUUUACAGAGAAUCGAUGGGCUAGGUCUGUCUAGGUAAAAAUAAGGCCCAGAUAAGCGUCUGCCUGUCUAAUGUAUAUGUAUCUAGUAUCUACCUACCUAAGUAAUAAUUCAGUUUUUGUUGUUACAGUGGCAAUAAACCGAUUUGUAUGUAAUUGUAGAAAAUAAAGUUAUUAUAACUAAA